CUGUCCCUUUAAUCUUUCUUUUCGAUCCGUCUCUCUGAAGCUCGAAUCGUCCCGAAUAAUCCUGGCCGUCGCCUCGGUCCGGGGAAUCCCAUCUCCUGGCCGGAAUCCGAUGUCGCCGGCCGGAACUCCGUCGGAGAUAGCUGCGUACGCCCUCACGGACGCUUCCAAUUGGUGGGAGGAGGUGAACAAUUCGCCGCUCUGGCAGGACCGAAUCUUCCACACCCUCGCCGGACUCUAUGGCUUCAUUGCCGCCGUCGCACUGAUUCAGCUCAUUCGGAUUGAAUUGAGAGUUCCCGAGUAUGGCUGGACCACGCAGAAGGUCUUCCAUUUCUUGAACUUUGUGGUGAAUGCGGUUCGAUCGGUGGUCUUUGUGUUUCGCCAGAAUGUGCAACGGGCAAAGCCUGAGAUUAUCCAACAUAUACUUCUUGAUUUGCCUGGUCUUGCAUUCUUCACGACAUAUGUGCUCUUGGUCCUGUUUUGGGCGGAGAUAUAUUAUCAGGCACGUGCUUCAUGUACUGAUGGGCUUAGGCCAACUUUCUUCACGAUCAAUGCAGUGGUGUAUAUUAUACAGAUUGCCAUGUGGUUGAUUCUAUGGUGGAAGCCUAUUCAAGUUAUUCUCAUCGUAUCCAAGAUGUUCUUUGCAGGUGUCUCAUUGUUCGCAGCCUUUGGGUUUCUUCUCUAUGGAGGGAGGCUCUUCUUGAUGCUGCAACGGUUUCCUGUUGAAUCAAAAGGGCGGCGCAAGAAAUUACAGGAGGUUGGUUAUGUAACCACCAUUUGCUUCUCAUGUUUCUUAGCAAGAUGUGUAAUGAUGUCUUUCAAUGCAUUUGACAAAGCUGCAGACCUUGAUGUUUUGAACCAUCCAGUUCUGAACUUCUUAUUCUAUCUGUUGGUGGAGAUCCUGCCCUCUGCUCUGGUCCUUUUCAUCUUGAGGAAGCUGCCUCCAAAGCAUGGGAUCACACAGUAUCACUCUAUCCAUUGAGAGGAUUGACAUGACAGAUUGUUACAGUGGAUGGCUGCAUGAGAACCCCAAAAAAGGCAUGGAGUGUAUGUUUGGGGAGGCAUUCUCUAUCGCCCCCAAACCAGGCAAGCAAAAGGUGGAAAUCAUGGAAUCACAACUUCAACAGUCAUAGCGAGGAGUGGCAAAGCUGGUGAUAUGGGUCUGGCAGGCUCUGCUUUUUAUAUCAGUGGCAGGGUUGGAUUUGUGAAAAUGCACAGUAAUGAUGGUGAAAUAUCGAAGGUGGCACUUAAUGACUGCGCUUCAUUUGUUUUUUAAUUGUCGUUCGUGCUCAUUUUACUUUGUCCUGCAUGCCAUGUAUGCUUCCAACUGUACCAUCUUCACUGUCUUCACCUGUACAAUAAAUGUUCCUUCUAAUUUUUCA